AUGACAUAAAGAUUUGAAAGUGGAUAGAAUUAAAUAAUAAGUUUAAUUAUUCAAACUAGCUUAUUUAUAAAGGGGAAUAUGAUCAUGGUAAAAAAGUAGAUGGGAUAUUUGUUUAAUUAAGAAGGGGUUAAUUUUUGGGUUAAAUCAUAAAUUAAUGUAUUCAAUAUUUUAAACAUUUUAAAAUUUAUUAGUGGAUCAUCUGAUGAAAGAGGUAAUGGUUUUAAGAGUGUGAAAUGGAUUGAUUUGGAUAACUAGUUUUAUAGAUCUUAAUUUACUUUUAAAGAAAUAACUUAUGAUGGGAAUUAUCAAAAUGGUAAAAAAGUUGGAAGGUGGGACAUUUGGCUCAAGGUUUCGGAUAAAAAAUAAAAAAAAAAAAUGUAAUUAUAUUAUAUAAAAAUGUUUCGCGCAGGUUUUUCAGUGGAGGUGGAUCAUAUGAUAAAGGUGGAAAUGGGAUUAAGUAGGGUACUUGGGUAGAAAAUUAUUAAGGAUUCAAUGAUUCUUUUUAAGUUAUGAAAAAUGGAGAUUAUUAAAAUGGUAAGAAAAUUGGAAUUUGGUUGCUAAUAGAUUUAAAUGAAAAUAAAAAAUUGUGA